AUGCCCAUAAUUACCCAGUUGGACUGGUCCAAGGAGUGUGACAGGACUGCAACAACCUUCGCCAGCUAUGAGGCUCUGAAGUUCUUCCUGGAGACCAGGACACGUACUCUGGACCGGUUGGAUUCGACUGAGCAGAGACCAUCGACAAGUGAACAAAGGGGCAGUGUUAAGGCUGCCAAAAAGGCUAACACGUCGCAGCAGCCAAGCGCUGUGCACGUGGCCACCAACCAGCCGGACAAACCUGCCAAGAAGGAGUGUGCCCUUUGUAAGGAGGCUCACUACUUUGGAUCAUGCCGAGAUUUCCCCAGCAAGUCUGUCUCCGAGCGACGAGAGCAAGCAAAGGUCGCCAUGCUAUGUUUUAAUUGCCUUAACCCAAAUCAUCCCGCAAGAAAGUGCGCAUUCAAGCAUCGCUGUCGCGCCUGUCAAGGUAGACACCACACCAUUCUGCACAUGGAUAAGAAACUUGAUCAGCACUCUACCUACGCAUCUAGUGGCUCUACACCAACCGAUCAAACACCGUUACCCACUGGGCUUGGUGGCUCCUCGGUAUUGUGUGCAGCGCUGUCAGGGAAAACAAGGCUGCUCUCGACAGUGAUAGUUAACCUCAUCUUACGAAAAGGACUGGUCUACCAAGCCAGAGCUCUUCUCGACUCUUGCUCUGAACAAUCUUACGUAGCCUCCUACGUGGCCAAAGCGCUAGAAGCCAAUGUGGAGCAAACUCGAGUCGCCGUUUUUGUCUUGGGUGACACGACUACAGUAGCCAAAGGAUGGAUCUAUGUCACACUUAAGUCGGGUAUAAAUCCCUACUUCAACUUCGACCUAAAAGUCCUCAGUGUAGACAAGCCUACUUCGUCGUUGCCAUCAACUUCUGUCAAUAUGGAGGCCUGGGAUCAUCUAGCUUGA